AUGGAGACCCUUCAGCUGCGCCCCCGUGGCGUUGUGAAGAAGACUGCAUCGAGCACCAGCUUGGCCUCGAAAGAUGAGACUACUGACUCGGCUCGCUUUUCUAGGAAGUUCGGCAAGCAUAUCCAGAAGCGGCAGCUGGAGAUUCCGGAGUACGCUGCGAGUUUUGUCGACUACAAGGCUCUGAAGAAGCUCAUAAAGAAGCUCAGUAGCACGCCGGUGAUUCCUCCACUAGGCGAGAGCAGUUAUGGCCAUGAAACCCUAGAUCCGCAGACCUCUCUGCAGGCCAACAAGGCCACAUUUUUCUUUCGAGUGGAACGAGAACUGGAGAAGGUCAACAAAUUCUACCUCCAGAAGGAAGCAGAGCUUCGUCUGCGACUAGCCACGCUCCUGGACAAGAAGAGGGUCAUGCAGCAGCAUCCGCAGUCAGUGUCCAAGACGUCUUCACGGUACAUUGCGCUCGAAGAAGGUCUAAAGCAGUUUAGCACAGAUCUCAACAAGCUCGAGCAAUUUGUAGAAGUGAACGAGACUGCGUUCUCAAAGAUUCUGAAGAAGUGGGACAAAACAUCAAAGUCGCGGGAAAAGCAGCUCUACCUUUCAAGAGCAGUCGAAGUCCAGCCAUGCUUCAACCGCGAAGUCAUCAGCACUCUCUCUGACCAAGCGACACAAGCGCUUCUUGACUUCUCUGGAUGGGCAGAGGGUGAAGGAGUGCAAGCACCGCAACCGACCGCAGAGCCUAGGAUAUUCGAACCUCUGAUCGAAGCGAACCUCGAGCUCGAUAACCAGUUCAUUCAGGCAAUCAAUAUCUCGAACACCUCGAAAAUUCAAGAAUGUCUCACGCGGCUAUCAAAUCUUCCCGAUGCCAGAGAGCACAUCUCGCGCGCUUUUCUCAGCACGGUUGCAGAGGCGCCAGAAGAAGCCUUGAAGAUCGUGCUCGACUCGAAUCAAGUCAAUCUGGAGCAAGAGGAUGAAAUCAAUGAGCGCAACUGCCUACAUAAGGCUGCCAUCAGUGGACGACUGGAAAUCGUGCGGCUUGGACUUUCGAGUAACGUCUCACCACACGCAACAGAUGUGUACGGACGGAUACCGUUACACUACGCUUCGAUGCAUGGUUAUGUCGAGCUAGUCCAGGCCUUGAUCGACGCCGCACCAGACACAGUGAACUUUCGCGACCAGGACAGCUUCACACCCCUUAUUCACGCGAUCGUGCGCUCGCAACUACCGUGCGUGCAGAUACUCCUGGCGAGAGGCGCCGAUAUGAGCCGCAUCGGACCAGGCGAGCAUAUUCCGCUGAAUCUCUGCUGCCAGUACGCCUCGCUGGAGAUCAUGGAGCUCCUCCUCCAAAGGUCAGCGGAGAUGCUUCCAGACGCGGAAGGCUUGUACCCUCAGCAUCUGGUAGCUCGAUCCGGGAAAACACCACAGAUGCUGCUUCUGCUUCAGAAGUAUGGCGCUGACCUCGAUCAACCAGACAAACUCUACCAGUGGACCCCGCUGUUCCAUGCAGCAAGCGAAGGGCAUGUGGAGUGCCUGGAAACACUUCUUGAGUGUCGGGUUGAUGUCGAUGUUGUCGAUGAGAAGAGCCUGUCUGCCAUGUACUAUGCCACGUGGGAAGGACACCUCGAGUGCAUGAAAUUGCUUGCUCAGGUGGGCCGUGGAGUGGGCUUGAAGACACAAAACCAGGUGUCGCCGCGGAUAAACACGCUGCAGCCGAUGUCGAGCACGGCGCCAGGGCCGAUGGAAAUGGAUCUCGGCGAUCCAGAUGGUAUUCCCGAGUUCAUCCUUCCGCCGCCUAUAAUACCGUUCCGCAGGUAUGGUCACAACUUCCUCGAUACGAAAACGUUCGUGGUGAUCAGCUUCGAGAAGGUUGGGAAAGAUGCUAUUCGGUUCUACAACGAUCAGAAGUACCCAGCGGCAAGACUCACAAUAUCGUCCAAGAGCUCGGAUCUCAUACCUAGGAACAUACUGCUACCGGUCCAGGACGAGUUCAAGGUCAUCUCGUUCCAGAUUGAGAACCUGGAAGCUUUCUCUAUUGACUUCGACGUGUAUCCCACCAUCGGCUCGAAGGUCAUUGCCCGUAGUGUGGCAUCGCGCAAGGUCUUUACAGAACGGUCGAAGAGCGCAGGGAGAUGGCAUCUAGAGCUUUUCGACCCGCGGCUACGCGCCAUCGGCCAGAUCGCCUUUGACUUCCAGGUCGUCAAGCCCUUCCACGGCAUACCGCUCGAAAUCACACACUUCGCCACCUACUGGAAAGCUACAAGUCAAGACGAUAACCAGCCUCACACCCUAAUCACUGGCUCGAGCUUGUCCGGAGAGUACGUUCGUCUUUUUGUGCAACUUACUGCCGACGGCAUUCCGGUGCUGUACCCGAGAUGGAAGAUCAACCAUGCUGGUCUCGAGGUGCCAGUCAACAUCCUCACAUACGCACAACUCGCAGCCAUAGGCGCGCAGCAAAGCGCAACGACGGCAACGCAGCUCUCGAGCCUGAAGAACGCCACCUCGAACGACAUGUCGCAUAUCUACCAGGCGCUCGCAUCGUCCUUCAUCACACUGAACGAGGCACUGUCGUUGCUUCCAGCUCACAUCCACGUCGAAUUGCACGUGCUGUUCCCGUCAAGAGUGGACGAAGAGCGCCUCAGGCUAGGACCCACGCACGACAUGAACGAAUUCGCCGACAGGAUCCUCUCGGUCGUGUUCGGGCAUGCGCGCGCGCUUAGAGAGCAAGGCGCAGGCGAGAUUGAUGGCACACUGCGCAGCGUAGUGUUUACCUCGUUCAACCAGGACAUCUGCACCGUGAUCAACUGGAAGCAGCCAAACUACCCCGUCUUCCUCUGCAACGAGCUCGGCGCGGACGACUCGACGGCCUCGGCCGCCGCCGGCCGGCACGCCGUGCAGUCCUCAGGGCGGACCACCAUCUCGGUCAAAGAAGCGGUGCAGAUCGCACGGGACAAUAACUUCAUGGGCCUCAUCUGCAGCUCCCGGCUGCUCGACCUGGCGCCGGCGCUCAUCGAGAGCAUCAAGACUGCGGGGUUGGUGCUGGUCAGCGACAUCACAGACAGCGUGGCGGACAACGGGGUUGGGCUGCAGGUUGCGCAGCCCCGGAGGUAUCGCACGCCGGAUGGGGUGGAUGGGUUUCUGCGGGGCAAUGGCCGCACUGGCUUCGCUUCCACGGCGCGCCGACUCACCACCGGCACCGCUGCUCUCCCCGCGAGUCGAGCCCGCACGGGCAGAAUCACCGCGAGCACAACGGCCACGACGCCCCCACAGCCGCCGUCCAAGAAUUCCAGGAACGGGCGCAGGAGGCGCGGACUGCUUGUCGUCGGCGCGGGCAUCGGGCUCGCUGCACUGCUGGUCGCCGUCAACGAGGAUGCGAGGCAUGCGGCCGGGGCGGCGCAGAGGACGGGGCGGGUUGCGCGGACGCUGGCGUUGAAUAUCAUGGACUACCGCAGCACGCUCAAACGCUCGGCCGACGCCGACUACGACGAGCAGCUCAAAGCAUGCCAUCUGCGCUGCGCCAAACGCACGCUCGGCACGCUCGAGCGCAACGGCUCCAUCUUCAUCAAGCUGGGCCAGCACCUCAGCUCGAUGAACUACCUGCUGCCCAACGAGUGGUGCGACACGUUCAUCCCGCUGCAGGACCAAUGCCCCGUCUCGUCCUUUUCGUCAAUCGAGGACAUGGUGCUCAAAGACACGGGCCGCCCGCUCAGCGCCUACUUCUCGUCGUUUGACGAAACCCCCAUCGGCGCGGCGAGCCUGGCCCAAGUCCACCGCGCCGUCACGGUCGACGGCCAAAAGGUCGCGGUCAAGGUGCAGCACCCGGCGCUCGACGAGUGGGCCAAGCUCGACCUCGCCCUCACCAGCUUCACCUUCCGCACGCUCAAGCGCUGGUUCCCCGAGUACGACCUCACGUGGCUGAGCGAGGAGAUGCAGGCCAGUCUGCCGCAGGAGCUGGACUUUGCCCUCGAGGGCCGCAACGCGACGCGGGCGCGGGCGUACUUCUCGCACGUGCCCAGCAGCCCCGUCGUGAUCCCGCAGGUCAUGUGGGCGAAGCGCAGGAUCCUGGUCAUGGACUUCAUCUCGGGCGCGCGGCCAGACGACCUGCAGUACCUCGACUCGCACGGAAUCGACCGCGACGAGGUCAGCGCGGCGCUGGCGCGCAUCUUCAACGAGAUGAUCUUCGGCAAGGACGCGCCGCUGCACUGCGACCCGCACGGCGGCAACAUUGCGGUCCGGCACAACCCGCGCGCGUGGGGGCGCAACUUUGACGUGGUCCUGUACGACCACGGGCUGUACCGCGACAUCCCCAUGGCGCUGCGGCGCGGGUACGCGAAGCUGUGGCUCGCGGUGCUGGACGGCGACGAGGCGGGCAUGCGGCGGUACGCGUUCGAGACGGCGGGGAUCGGGGAGGAGCACUUCCCGCUGUUCGCGUCUGCCAUCACGGGGCGCGACUACACGGUGCUCACGCAGAAGCACGGCAGCGGCGGGGUGGCGAGCAGCAGGACCAGCGAGGAGAAGAAGGUCAUUGGCGACGCGCUCGGUGACGGGCUGCUGGAGAACCUGAUCCAGCUGCUCGGCCAGGUGCCGCGGGUCAUCCUGCUCAUCCUCAAGACGAACGAUCUGACGCGCAGCCUCGACGAAGGGCUGCACACCAAGCAGGGCCCGCUGCGCACCUUUCUCAUCCUCGCGCGCUACGCCAGCCGCACCGUGUACGAGGAGAGUGUGGAGAGCAUCAGUCGACGCGGCAGUCUUCUCUGGCCGGGCAACCUGCUCGCGUGGCUGUUUGCGUGGAGCCGGCAUUUCAGGGUCGAGGUCAAGCUCGGCGCUUACGAGUCGUGGCUGAGGGUCAGAGCUGGGCUGGGGAUGCGGAGCGUUGGUGUUGCAAACUCGUUCAGGGAGUAG